AGCUCCUCUUUCCUCGGCCGUGGGACCUGUGCGAGCGAGUGGAGGGAGGGGGGAAGCGACGGAGGGACAGAGGGACAGAAAGAAGCAAGCGGGAGGAGUGUGAGUAAAUUGUGCUCUCACCCUCUCUCCCCCUCUUCUGUCAGAGGGAGCCGCUCUGUGACAGGAAGUGUGCGCCGACUGCCUGAAGUCUUUGCCGUUUUCUGCCACAGUGGGAUUGUUUAACCUGCGCCGGAGGCCGGAAGGCAAACUACCAGAUCAGGAGCGCCCAAAACAGGACGUUUGGCAGCGAGCCCCCACACAGGGGGGCCAGGCAGGCAGUGAUCUCCAUGGACACCGAAGAUUCCAGUGACGCACGCCUGCCAUUCGGGAAGGGUGCAAGCUCUGCCAAUCCCACGAUGCUCAUCAUUGGAGCUGAGGAUGAGGAGUUCGAGAAUGACCUUGCCUCGCAAGUUGACGAUACUUGUAGCCAUUUCCAAUGUAUCGAUCUGCUGAAGGACAGGCCCACCUACCUGAUCAUCUUUCUCCACCACGUUAUCCUGCAGUUCGAUGCUUCAUCCGUGCUUUGUUACUUGCACGGUGAGAUGUUCAAAGGUGCCAACAUCAAGGAUGCCCGUCGUAUGUUUGUGGACUACUUCCAUAUGUUCCUGGACCGAGCCGCGAUUCUCAAAGUGUCUGUCCCACCCGAGAUAUCGUUUGAAUUGGACCGCUGCCGUCCUGACAUGCUGGUUGAGGAGAGUUUGAGGAAUAUUGUGAAGGCCAUGCAGAAGGCCCUGACCCAGGAAAUCUUCAUCCAGCUGGAAGACUUCAGGAACAAGAGAAUGAUGGGCAUGACGAUUGGCGAGAAGGAGCUGUCGGAAUUAGAUGCGGAUCGCGAUCUGGACCGUGAAACCAUGGACCUGAAGGAAAAGGCAUAUGCAGAGCAGCUGCUGCCCAAGGUGGAGGAGGCAACCGCCAACACCGACGACGAGAAAAGUACAACAAUAUACAAUGCUAUCGUGACUUACAUGAAGUACUUGGGCGUCAAGACCAAGGAACCUCGGGUACUUGAGAAAAAGAGGCAUUUCUUAAUGCGUAGAAAGGGUCCCAACCCCCGUAAAGAGGUGGAAGCGGUGAAGGCCGAUGAGAAGAAGAGGAAAGGAAUUGGCAGUAUCCUGGACCUGCGGAGGCAGACUCGCAACGACCCCACCAGCAGCGUCGACCCGCGGCCGGAUUCAGUCAAGCUGGCCAUCGACAGGAAGAACUCCGGCCUCGCUUCGCGGUUUCAGUCGGACAGCCUGGUCGGGAAGCACAAGGCGAGUGUGGAUGGUUCGGAGGCAGCAGGGACGUUGGCACCGGCGAGUGUCCCGUCAAGGGAUGAUGUCGAGGGAGAGUCAGUUAACACCUCCGGUACCAGCCGAACUCAGAACGACAACCAGUCCUUUCGGGACUCAGGGGAGAGCAGCCAGAGAGGUGGAUCAGCAGGAGAGCAACUUCCCGGUGGCGAUGGUGGAGCCGAAGACGGCGCCGAGAGCGAGAGCGUUGAUCCUGGGGGGAGCGGAGGAUCAGACGGCCAGCCGUCCUUUCUGCCUGCCCAGCCUGAGGACAGUGGGCCGCGCGUUACUCCGCUGGAGACGGAGCCGUCCAACUGGCGGCAGCUGGUCAGCGGUGAACAGCUCCUCAGGCUGAGGAAAUCCGAGGUCAAGCGGCAGGAGGUGAUCAACGAAUUGUUCAUCACAGAGCAUGCCCAUAUGAGAAUGCUGAAGGUGCUCUACGAGGUAUUCUACCAACGCAUGCUGGCCGAGAGCAUCCUCACCGGCACGGAACUCCAGAGCAUCUUCCCCAGCCUGGACGAGCUGAUCGAAGUCCACGCCUUGUUCUACAACAACAUGAAAAAGAUUCGUCAAGACAAUGAUUACUUGGUGAUGGAGAUCGGCGACACCCUCCUCGCCAUGUUCCACGGGACCGAGGGAGACUGGUUCAAGAAGCUUGCAUCGCGUUUCUGCAGCGUGCAGUCUUACGCACUGGAGCUGAUCAAGAGCAAAAGCAGGAAGGAUCCACGCUUCAGCCAGUUCAUCCAGGACGCCCAGAGUAACCCCCAGUGCCGGAGGCUUCAGCUGAAGGAUAUUAUCCCCAUCGAGAUGCAGAGGCUGACCAAGUAUCCCCUGCUGCUGGAGAACAUCGCCAAGUACACAGAGGAAGGUGAUGAGAAGCAGAAGGCACAGCAGGCAGCGGAAUGCUGUCGCAAUAUCCUGAAGGAUGUCAACCAGGAAGUGCGGGACAUGGAGAACUUGCGGCGCCUGAACGAUUACCAGCGUCGACUCGAUGUCACAAACCUAAAACAGAGUACAGAUCCUUUGACGGUUGAAUAUAUCAAGAACCUGGAUCUCACGCAGAAACGGAUGGAGCAUGAAGGGCCACUGGUCUGGAGGUUGACUAAGGAGAAGGCAAUUGAUGUGCAUGUGUUGCUGCUGGACGACAGCCUGGUGCUGAUGCAGAAGGUGGACGAGCGGAUGGUUCUCAAGUGCCACAGCAAGAAUUCGAGCAGUACCGCCGAGGGAAAGCAGCUUCUGUGUCCCAUCGUCAGGCUGGGCAGUGUGCUGGCCCGCGACGUGGCCACAGACCGUAAGGCCUUCUUCAUCAUCUUCCAGACAUCUACGGGGGCCCAGAUCUACGAGCUGGUCGCACCGACGGUGUCUGAGAGACGCAGCUGGUGUGAUAAAAUACGGACUACGCAAGAAGCCCUGAAUCUAAUGAAGCCAUCAAUGACAGGCAGAAACAGCCUGGUACCGCCUCAGGGAAAUGCCCCCCUCAGUCCCACGGAGCCGAUGAUGAGCUCAGAGAACGGCUUCUCCUCCCGCGAGCGGAUCGGUUCGGAGCUGACCGGGAAGCUGAGUGACGGUUUGCCCCAGGAUGGUGGCGCAGGAGAGCCGGGGAUGGAUGAGCGGCCCCCCACAGAGGCCCUAGCCCAGCUCUUGGCUGAGCAACUCAAGGCCAACGACGUUGACCCGGCCAAACUGGCCUCAGGACCUACGGAGCGGUGGGCAGAUGAGGCACUGGAGGAUGUGCACAGGAUGAAGUGGGAGCUGUGCUCCAGCAAGAGGACCUCCCUGGGGGAAGUCUUGUCCAGCGGUGGGGAGCAAAGGGAGGGGACCCCAGCGGACCCCGGAGAAUCCAGCGGACAGACAGAGGACGGAGAGGAGACGCCGGAGGGGACCGGAGAUGGGGAGGAGCAGGAGGACUGGGAAGCCGAGGAUAGGCUGGCAAAAUCCCCUGCUGCCGAUGGCGUCGGGGGUCAGGCGCCGGGCGGUGAUGAGCCCGAAUCGAGCGGCGCCCCCGUUGUACUGUCACGGGAUCAGGUGGAGAAGAUAGAGCGGAAGAUGAACAGCCUCGUGGUCAAGCUGCAGCGCCUGAAGGCGGUGGAAGAGGAGCACCUGCGGAUGAAGCAGGUGCUGGUCGCCCUGACAAUGGCACAGGGGAAUUCCCUAGGCAACUGCAGGAUGGUGUCUGGUGAGAGGUGGUGAAUCCAGGCGCUAACUCCCUGACACCACUUCUCCCCCGCCCGAUUCGAGCGUCAUUCUCUCUCCUCACAAGUGGGUAGGCAAGGGCAUCUGCCACUCUUGGACUCACUUGUCAUUGGGUAGAAGACUCCCGCUCACUUCGGACAACCCCCUCCAUUGCCGUGAUGUCUACCAAAGGCUUUCCAAGUUAUCACCUCUCGAUGCGCCUGCUUACUACUGUCCAGAUCCAGGAGCGGGUGGUAGGCGAGAGGGCCAAGGUGCGGCGGGAAGGCAAGGCACUGUCUGUCACUGGACUCCAUGACUCUGCACUCAGCCUAUUCCUCGCCUCCCCUAACUCCCCCACCGGAAUCUUGCUGUGCUUUAGGUGUCACUUCGGUGGAGGUUGGCAGGAGGGAGCAGCAGGUGUCGAAGCAGCCCCUCAUAUGUUGAGUUUGCCAAUGGGAAACUGGCCCCCCCAACUCAAUCACUGCCUCUGUGCCCCAAUUCUUCAAGCUGAGUAUUUCCAAUGUGAACCGUUACUCCCCCCCCCCACCCCAUCUCCCACCUCUCGCUCCUGAAUCCGGGGUUCAAGCCCAACUCCAGAGUGUCGCCCUGGCGUAGCAGGUUUCACUCCACGACAGGGGCAGUCAGUCAGGAGAGAGCAUCGAGGGAGGGGGAGUCAAGUGGGGAGCGUGUCACUGGGGGUAGGGGGGUGCAUCAUGGAGGAAGCUUCGCAUUGCGGCAGAGGGGUGGUGAUGAGGGAGCUCUGAACUGUAGGAGUGGGGAGCUCCACUCUGCAGAAGGACGGCAAGAAUGGCAUACUGUGGGAGGGGUGGUGACGAGGAAGCAUGUCACUGCAAGGUGGGGGGGGGGUGGUCCAAGAGGAGGGAGCACCAUACCCACCGACUAUUAACUCUUGCUUUAUCAGUCACCCCACCUCACUCUCGCAAGAAAUAAGAAUUCUUCUCUCAACAUCACCCAAGUUCUGGCCCCCUCCUACAACUCUGUCUCCUAAGUCCCCAACCCUUCCUCCCUCCGGAUCCCAGGCCAUCCACCUCCCCAAAAGAGCUGCCCAACACCAACCCCUCCACCGGUGCCAUCUGAAUUCAGCUACUUCCGAAAUCUGAAAUCUCAACUGGGCGGGACGUUUCAGGGGGGUUUGGGGAGGCUUUCGAGGACAGGGAAGGGGAAUUGGGGUUGGGGGGGUGGUUGCUGGGUCAAAAUGUCUCCCAGGCAAACGGGGGCAUGUCUGUCCCAGGAGAUUUUGGAUCUUCAGGAGGCCUUCGGUUUCUUCAGAACAUUGCCUUGUAAUAUUGCAUGCUGUUCCGUCUGUACUCAAGUGCCUUUCCUGCACUAAACUUUGUACCGGGGUAUGUUUUUGUUCCUAGUUGUUAUUUUAUUAUUAUAUUGAUAUGUCUAAGAAGUUAUUCGAUUUAUUUCUGAGCUCACGCAACGGCCAUUGUCGAACUGGUCAAGGGAUUUCCUUCUCGUUUGUUGCUUGUCUGGGGCAGGAGACGGGGUGUAUCACAGAGGAGGUGCAGGAGAUGCUUCAUCUCCCUCCCUCUGCGCCUGCACAGAAACCCCUACCCCUCCCUCCCCUCUGUUCCCUGACUUAUCCCAGCCUAUGCCACUGUACACUGGGUCACUCCCCUCCCUCACUGCCCUGUCCUCCCCCCCCCACCCGGGACUGCCCUUCCAUCCAUCACUCUGCACCACUCGUGUGUGUUGGCGUACGAGUGUGCAUAUGAGAGUGUGUGUAAAUGUGCGUGUGCGUUCAAGUAUGAGCGUAUGGGUGUGUGUUUGGACAUGAGAGUGUGUAUGGGAUUCGUGCAUGAGUGGGCAUGUGAGUUUGUGUUACUGUGCACAUGUCUGAGUAAGUUUCUGUGUGGGGUGUGCAUGUGUGUGUGCGUGUGCACGUCUGUGAUUCUGUGUACAUGUGUGUUAUGAAUGUGUGCGUGCAUGUGAGUGUGCAUUUGGUGUUUGAGUGUGUUGCUGUGAUCGGCUCUAUGUAUGCUUAGGUCUAUAUGUCUUUGUGUGUCUGUACAUCUAUGUGUACAUGCAUGUCUGCAUUGGUGCAUGGAUGUCUGGGUUUAUGUGGCUCGUGUGUGUGUGUGUGUGUGCGCACACUCAUGAUCUUAGCCCACACGUGCUACACAAGUGUAUGCUCACCAUGUGUCCCUCUCAGGGAAGUAAUAAUGUGCAGUUCCCCCUCGAGCCUGCUUGCGUCCCCACACCCUCACCUCACCUGUCGCUACGGAGCGGAAAGGUUUUUAUAUAUUCAGGAAAAUACUAUUUGUUUUAAAGUUUUUGACUUUGCUUUGUCUGCCGUUGUUAGCACUUGUCCCAAAACAGGCAGGAUCACUGUACAUGCUGCAGGCCCCUCUCACACGCACAACAUGCAAAAACACACACACACACACACACACACACACACACACACACACGUUCCACAUGUUACAAACACGUGUCCGCGUGUCACAAACACGGGUCAACAUACAUUAUAAAUGGGCAGACACAGUCCUCACACAUUACAAACAUUGGUACUCACAGAUAGACACAAAAACAUACACACACACACACACACACACACACACACAGUCAGUCCCGCAGACUCAAACUGUACUGUUGCCAGUAGGGAGAGGCUGGGCACUUGAUGCCAGGCUGCUCUAGCUAUCUCCACACCACUCUGUGGGAGGGGCAUGUUGUGCCAAUUGAUUCUUCAACCUGUCGGCAAAGGGAACAAGUGUGGUAUUUUAUAUCUUUGUAAUCCAGUGCUGGAUUUUCAAAAAAAAAA